AAGAAUGGAGCCUGGUCGGAGAUAAGCAAGCUUACACCCUUCCCUCCUUAUCUAACCUCCUCCUCCUAACAAUGAAAUAGUGCAUUUGUGAAGAAUUAUCAGUGAGGCACUUAGAUCCAAGCUGUAGCUGUACUUUAAGGAGUUGUAUUACUGAGAUAUUGUAUUGAGUGUAUGUGAUAUGAGUGAAGGAUGUGUUCUGUAAACUAUGCCUGGAAAACUAGGCUGUAUUCCCUUGUCCUUACCCAGCUGUAUGUAGCUAUGUGAACCCUCAAAUCCAGAUGGAGACUGGCGAGUCCGGGGUUGAACCCCAGGAUACAACAGAUCUAUCCUAUAAUCCAUCCUACUCAGGCCCGGGUUCGGAGAUAUCCCAAGCUACCGCUCUCCGGGGUGCAGAGAUAUCUUCUAUACCACAACCCCAGCGUGGAUAUCGUGCUCCGCAACCCAAUCAUGUUGGUUUUCCUCCUCAUCAACAGUAUCCUGUUAGGUACGGAGUAGAUCAACCGUAUCCUGUUAGGUACGGAGUAGAUCAACCGUACCCUGUUAGGUACGGAGUAGAUCAACCGUAUCCUCUGGUUUAUCCAGUUGUUCGACCCAACCUUGUAGGAUAUCCGUCUGAUCAACUAGUCCCUCUUGGAUAUACCGAUCCUCAAUCUGUAGGUGGAUAUGGUACCCCUCAACCCUAUUCUGUUGGAUACAGGCCCGCCCAACCCUACAUGCCGGGGUAUGGUCCCCCACAGCUUACUUACGACCCUACCUUGAGAAAUCCCGGAUUAAUCUCCUCCCACUCUCAUCAAGCUCAUCGUCCUGUAUACGGACAUUAUCCUGGAUCCCAUUUCCAGCAGCCUCUCUACGGACCCAUUUAUGGAGUCAGACAACCUAAUUGUAACCAAAACCAUGGUCCAUGUUGGGGUGCACAGUAUUAUCCCGGAGAAGGGUUAGAACAACCUGACAGUCUUGCUAUCUCACAGGAUCAGGAUUCUGUGUCCUCAACUGUAGAAAAGCGUUGGACCCAACUUCGCAAAGAUCAGGAAGCAGCACGAAGACAGAGAGAUGUUGAUGAAGGCACUCCUCCUCCUCUUUCCAGUAGACAGAUGGAACAAUUCUCAGCAACAUAUUCAAGAGCUACUUCUAGACAGUUGUACAUACAGAGGAAGGAUGGAGGAUUUGGAUUCACUCUCAGACACUUUAUUGUUUAUCCUCCUGAGGACGGAGAAACGGAAGGACCUCCUAUCUCCGACCCUUUGGACACUAUAUUCGUCAAGUCUAUAAAAGAGGCAGGACCGGCGGUGGUUGCCGGUCUAAAUAUCGGGGAUAGGAUAGUGACAGUGAACGGAGAAAGUGUUGCCGGCCGAUCGUAUGCUCAGGUUGUGCAGAUGAUACAAAAAUCACGUGAUAUGCUUCGUUUAGUUGUAGUUCCGAAACAAGACGAUAUUCUCCAGGUUUAUUUCUCCGAGAUCGCACAGAACCCAGAGACAAAUAAAAGACUUGAACCUGGUAGCUCCGCUAAACCUCCUUGGCCGGCAAGUGUUUGUUCAAGUUCCAGUAGAGAGUCUAGUCCCUUCUCAUCCAAAACAUCAGAUUCAACCAGAGACUCCGUGUACGGACGGGAAGGACGGCAGUCGGAUAUUCGUUCUUUGUAUCCCGGAACUAAAUCCCGAGUGCCGUCCGCCCCUCGUCCGUCCGGCCAGCAUCAAAACUCCGAAUGGGAGAACCUCUACGAAUCCAUAGGGAAUGAUAGACUGAAGGUUCCGUCCGUGCCUCCCUCUGGUAGCUCAGGGAGCACGGAGCAUGUUUACGCUGUGCCUGCCUUGGCGCGCUCCUCUAUCUCAUCCUCAACCCUUGGGUCGGGUCAUACUAGUGCUCCAAACAAUAGCAGAGAUAGUUUAGAUAGUGAUUCUAGUGUCAUGGCAGGGUUCUCUAGUCAUCAGGAGGAUUCCAUGAUCAACAAGAUCAAGAAAGACUGCGAACGAAAGGAAGAGUUUCUUAAAACCCAAACCUACCCUGCCUACCUAUCCAGUCCUCCAAAGGAGAUCAACACGAACCCGAAAGGAAUUGCCAGUCUUGCCAACACAAUGCCUCCUCCUAAACCUGAUCCCAAGACGGAGGAGAAAGAAAAUGCUGGACCAGCAACCAAAAACUUCUUCAUGGAUAUAUACGCUAAGGAGGUUUCCAAGAUGCAGUCUGUCUCCAAGUCCUCGGCUGGAGCUAAAAAGCGAAACUUCGAUGCGACCCAGUUCAAUACAUACGGUCUUCCACUAGGAUCCGCAGGAAUUGGCAAUAAAUCACUUUCAACCCAAAAAGCCGUGGUUAAACUUGGAGAAAACAAAACCGCAGAUAUUGAUAAGAUUGAACUAUGUAAACCCGGAGAGGCGAAAGUGAAACCUAGCGGUAGUCCAGUUCAGAUUCGACACAAUCCAACCCUGCCAACUCCUCUUCCUCCUCCCAUCCUAAAGAGACAAGAAGAGGGACUUAACUCAAGACAAACGUCCAAUGGAAGCGUCAACAAGCUUGAAACCAGACCAAGAGUUUUAAAGAAACCAUUUGAUAUCAGAAUGAUCAGGGAUGCAGACCGAAGCCGAAGCACGUCUUCAAAGAAUUCUAGAUCACAGUCGGUUGAUCUGGAUUACACCAAUACAAACAUGUACCUGGAUAACAAAGCAGAGAAAACCUUCUCCGUUACACUUCUUGUAAACGAGUCGGAGAAGAAUAAGAUUGUGGAUAUGAUACAGAAAGCCAAAACCCUUAUCUCUAAGAAAGUUGUAAAAGUUAUGGGGAAGAAACCUAAAAGUGGGAUCUCAAAUGUUGAAGCUCUAGAAACGGUUCUCGCAAGUUUUGUAGGUUCGGAGGAGCAGAGUGAGAGAGAAGAUAAAUAUGAAGAGGAGAAACUAAUCCAAGAACAGGAAGAGCAGGUUUCUCUGAUGCUGGGGCGAGGGGAGCAUGUUCCGAUCAACUUCAAACCUAUUCCUGAUGUAUCUGUAGAGGAGCACGAGGAUACGGAUAUAGAUCAAGAAUGUGAAAUAUUCCGUGAUAUGGAGGUGUCAAGACUUGGAGAUGAUCGUUUUCUUCAAUCUCCAACCUGGAGACCUUUCUCUCCUUGCUCCAGAGGAUCUCUUACUCCCACCUUGUCAAAUGCUGAGAAUGUCCCGUGUCCCUGGGGUUUCCGUCCUGAUAGUGAGCUAUAUCCUCCAAACUUAAGACGUCCUUCUUCUCUAUACGGAGCUGAAGCUGCUGCUGCUAGCUCCCGUCCUCCUAGCAGACAGGUUUCAGUUUCUCCGUCCUUCCUAGACGGUAGUUUAGAUGGAUAUUCUAUACCCAGCUCAUCCACAGAUACGGUGAAACCCUACUCUCCGGAGAGGACGGAGGAGACGGAAUACGAGGAUGAAUAUGAAGAAUAUGAGGAUGAACCUUUGAUACGUUAUACAAGACCAGACUCAUUCGUCAUUCCAAUUGGUGGAGUCUGGAAACCUGAAGAGGACUUUGUGGAACCUGAACACUCGGAUAUAGAAUCGGAAAAGGUUAAUGAAGCCAAAGAGGAGUUAGCUCCGGAUAAACAAGGAUACCGGAGAGGAGGUAACUAUUACGACAGUGAUAACUUCUCCAGGAAUAAUUUUGUAAUUGUUGGAACCCGGAGUCUUCACUGUGAACCUCCUCAGGUGUAUCAACCUACUCCGGAACCUCCUCCACCAGCAUGUGUUUACUGUUAUGAGUACCCUGUUUACUACCCGGACACACCUCCCUCCUACCCUUAUUCAGCCCCGCCCCCUUGUCCGGACUGCACCAUCAUGACCAUGACCACUCCUUACCAUCCUCGUCCACCACGGCCGACGAAUCUGCCCGGCCUCCAGCCGAUGCAUGCCUGUAGAGGUCGACAUGACAGCCCUAACUACUCGUCUGCUCCACCUACACUAACCACACCCGUACACAUGCACCCAGAUCCACAAGACAUUACUUUUAAUCCAGUUUCCCCCCCUGACACAUCUCCACACAAACACUUAACCUACCCAGAUAGAGACGGGAGAAAGGUCGUCUACAGACAGAAGAAAUAUUCACAUGUUGAAGAGGAUGAGAGAAACCUACGUCGUGUAUCAUACCUGCAGGCAACCAAGGAGGAAAGGAUGGAACCAGAGGAAAAUUUGACGACUGAGACUGGUCUGGCUCCGACACACAGUAUUAAGAAGCUAAAAUCCAUAUUUAGCGAGAAAUCUGUGGAUUCUCCCCCCACCUCCUCCUCCCCUCCAGCAAAUACAGUAGAACCAUCCCCUCCCUCACCUAAAUCUAUAGAACCGCCUAAGUUUCAGUUGUCCUCUGGUCUUGAUAAAUCUGCUUCCUCAACCACGCUGAAUGAUGGGAUAAAGGAAGGAUAUCUAACCUGUAAAGUUGCCUGCCUGGAUGGUAGAAAGGCAACUGAUAGAUCCUGGAAAACGGUGUACGCUGUUCUCAAGGCAAAAGCCCUGUACAUGUUCAAAGACAAGAAGAUGGCUACAGAGAACCUGGAGUACGAGGAGAAGCCGGUUAAGCUGGCUGAGUCGGAAGUGGAGGUGGCGAACGAUUACACAAAGCGGAAAAACGUAUUUCGAGUCAAGACUGUUGUUGGAUCAGAAUAUUUGUUUCAGGCUGAGAAUGAAUCCUUGAUGAAAGACUGGGUAAAAACAAUCGAUGAGACAGCUAUGGCCGUCAUCAUAGAUGAAAGGAAGGAUGUGAAUAAACUGAAGAAAUUAACCUCCUUUAGAAACCGGUCUCCGACCGGACAGAGUCCGUCCAGUAAAAACCGAAAGGCCUCGGUAGAUCCGGGGCCGAACUUGAAGGAUAAAGACAAGAAGAACUGGAAGGGGAAGGUGGUGAAACAGUUGAAAAAGAUGGGAGGGGGAGGUCACGGUCCCUUAUAUCCCGAGGGGGGAAGUAUAAACGUCCCUCUAGAUGAAUGUCCUCUGUGUCCAGAAUACAAUGACGAAUUUGUACCAUAUUUAGUAAAGGUUUGCUGUGAUAUUGUGAAUGAGAAAGGUUUGGAGAUAGUUGGUAUUUACCGGGUUCCUGGAAACAAUGCUGCUGUAACCUAUCUCACUGAACAAGUGAACAAGGGAGUUCAUGCCUUUGCUUUAGACGACUACAGGUGGCAGGAUGUAAACGUAGUCUCUAGCCUCUUGAAGUCUUUCUUUCGUAAACUCCCCGAACCCUUGUUUACGAUGGAAAUGUACAGUUUAUUUAUCGAGGCCAGCAAGAUCGAGCAGCCGACUAAACGACUAGAAUCCCUGCGAAGGUUGGUAAGGGACCUUCCAGAUAUUCAUCUUGAAACCUUACGUUUUCUCACUCAGCAUUUAUGUAACGUGGCCGACCACUCCUCCGUCAAUAAGAUGGAGAUUAGAAACCUGGCGAUCGUGUUCGGUCCAACCUUGGUGAGAACGACUGACGACAAUAUGAUCUCCAUGGUGACGGAUAUGUCUCAGCAGUGCAGGAUUAUAGAAAGCCUGCUCUCCAACUGGGAUUAUUUCUUCGCGGAUGCCGAGGAUGUUGAGGUAAAGGAUGAACUCUACGACGAGGUCAAUAUCCUCACCGGGUCCAGUAAUCAGUCCAUCAUGCUGGCUAACCUGCAUAAACUAGAGGACGCAGGGAAACUAAACUCUCCGAAGAACGACGUCUCCGCCAAAGAUAUCGUUUCAAGUAUAAUAUCCGCUGCGAACAGGAAGAUGUUGAGAACCGGAGCAAAAUCUAAGAAGGAGAGCACCUCGGAUCUUGAGGAGAGAUCUCAGAGCAGGAUGGAGGAUUCACAUUCCGACUCCAGGAGGGAAUCAGAGUCUGUAAUACAUGGUGCUCUACAGAUAGCUAGUGCUGUGCCUGGUCUAGUAGGUUCUAUCUCAAGCUCUAGUGUUCCUGAAACCAGAAGUAGUCCUCCAGGAACAUCAGGCGGGAGCAGGGCAGGAAGCGACCGAGAGACAGGAUGUGAUGAACAUAGACAUUCCUACAGCAGACAGGGGAGCAGAGGUUCAAUAUCCGGGGAUAUAUUCAAGCGCAGAGGCAGUUUACCUGUCUGCCAAUCCAAGCGCGGAAGUAUUUGCGCGUAUUCAGGGGGCGCGGUGUGUGAGAGUACCCCUGUCGGUGAGAUCUGUGAGGCGAGGAUGGCGAUGAUGAAAUCUGACACAGAAACUAUUGAAAAUGGGCUUGGAGAAAACCAAGAGGUUGUACGAGGUCAGUUAUCUCUAGUUAAUGUCGGAGUCAAGGAUCCGGAGCCUCAAUACAAGUUCCCUAUAGAGACCUAUACCGGCCUGGACGUAGCUACAGCGGAGCGAAUCAAGAAGUUUGAGGCGGAGACGAAAGCUAUGCUAACCCGUAGUGCACAUGAGCAUUCAGGAUCCACCCUUCAGCUCAGCUCAGCACAUCAAGGUCGUCUUAGUUUAGACGGACAAACACACAAACCCCCCGAGCUUGAAUCUACUAGCAGUGAGACGAGUUUAAACUCUCUACCCCGGAGUUCUGGUCGUCUAACCAGUCUAACCACACCCGUCCCUGAUACUAAUCCUCUAGACGGAGGAAUCCUUAUGGAAGAACCUUAUCAGACCGACGCAUACAACAGGAUUCCAGGAGAUGAGUCCUUCCUUGCUCUCUCCUACAGAGCCUCCACGCUACCCUGCAGCCUUGAACCGUCCAGGCACUUCUCUAACCAUCUACUCGGCUUUGAUACAAACAAAGUGAUGAAACGAGGAACCCUGCAGAGGCUGAAGGUUCGAAAACAUGGAGAAUUAUCAGAUGAUGGUGGAGAUUUGAUAGAGUCUAGUUCUGAUGUCGAUAUAGACGAGAAUACGGAGGAUGCUGAAUCCUUGUUGGUCAAGUUGUCUGCUUCCUUCGACCAGAAGAUGAGAUUCCUCCUAGACCCAGAGUAUAGAGAGGAUGGAGAUGGACCAGGAGAGGAGGGGAACUGGUCGGAUUUAAACCAAAUCCAGGAGCAAGCUCUACUGGAUGCUUUAGGCUCUAAAAAAGAACUGGACGAUGUAAGAAAUGCCUUUCUCCGAGAUAAGGCAAAUAAAAAAGUUGAGCUAAAACGCUCUGCCAGGGUUGACAGAAACUCUGAACCAGAAAUCAGAAAAUCCGUCAAACAAGAACCUGUUCUUCAACAAGUUAACCAUAGAAAACCACUUAAAAGAUCUGAUAGUUUAACUAAAAGAGAAAAAACUGAACUGAACCAAAAGAAACGUGAGGUUGAGAAAGAAAAUAAAGUGAUGAAACUUAAAGAGCAUUUUGAGCAGAGCGGAACCCGUCCGCGAAACUCCGGGAACCCACUCGGUUCAGCAAAUACAAAGUUUGACAUAAACAAGGUUCGGAAGAAGCUCUCCGACAACAGAAAUAGACGAAUAAAGAGAAGACAUACUGUAGGAGGAACCAAAGAUUUUACUGAAAUUAUUUUAUCAAAGAUGAACUCGGAGAAAUCUAAAUCUUCUUGGGAUCGUUUAGCUCCGGUAAUUUCUAAUCAAGAACUGAUCGCGGAGCGGAAUGAGAGAUGGAACCUGGAACGUGAGGAUCGGGAGGAACGAAGAUUAUCUCUCCCUGACUGUACACCUGACCGGCCUACUGAGUCCUCUGUAUAAACAAUGAACUGUCCAUUUAAUAUCUGUGAUAAACCUUAGAGUAGUUCCGACAUGCCGUCUUGUACUGUACAUGUCAAGUACUGCGUAUGUACUCUUGUUGUACACCAUUUAACUCUUCUGAGUUAGGAGCAGUGGUUUCAGAUGGUUGAAGCCAUAUCUUUGACAAAUAUUUAAUUAUUGCAAUUUUUGUUACAAAAUAAUAGAGCUUCAGUGUUA